GGGGACAUAACUCAGACGGUCAACAUGAAGGUGAAGUGGACCAUGCUGGGCAUGGUCGUCUUCUUUUUGCUCUCUGUGGUCAUGACGUGCUGUUUCAUAUGGCAGUACAGGAUGCCAAAGCUGAAGACAGCAGUGGUUGUAAAAAAAGUGACAGUAGAGGAGAUGUGCCCCCGUUUUCCUGAGCCUGUGCCCCUCAAACAUCCCAUCACAUCACUGAGGGUGGCCUUAGAAAAAAUAGAUGUACUCCUGAGGUCAAGUGUUCACACCACCAAGUUACCAGCGAUAUCAGCCAUCGUGGUUUUAAACGACUCUGUACUUUGGAACGGACACUUUGGAAAGAAAAACAUAACUGACCCUUCCUCAUCUGCACCCAAUGAGUACACCGUGUACAGAAUUGCAAGCCUCUCUAAAAUCUUCCCCACACUAAUGCUGUACAAGCUGUGGGAGGACGGCCUGGUAGACUCUCUGGAUGACCCUUUGGAGAAGUACGCAAACAAUUUCACCAUCAAGAACCCACUCGGGAAAAGUGAGGGACCAGCAUCCUCGUCAGUCAGGACCCUCAGGAGCCACGCUCCAGCACUCAGUCUGCGCAGGAUGGCCAGCCAGGUCUCUGGGUUACCCAGAAGAUUGAGGUCAACUAAUCUCCUCUGGAGUGGAGACACACAGUCAGCUCUGAUUUUGUUGCAGGAUGAUGUCCUUGUGGCAGAUCCAGGCACCAGAUGCCACUACAGCAAUGUUGCUUUUUCCUUAUUGGCCAAUAUUUUGGCCGAGAAGGUGACCGGCACAGACUUUGAGAGCUGGGUAUCAAGGAACAUUCUGGAAAAGCUCAUAAUGGAGCAAACUGGAUUCAGCUUAACUCCGGACAUUCAGAGGCAGAUGGCUUUGGGUGUGUACAGCAAUGGCCAGCUGGCUCCACUCUACAACCUUGGCUGGUACCGACCUGCAGGUCAGAUGUAUUCCACUACUGCUGACAUGGCCAAGCUCAUGAUGGCUCUUCUAGGUGUACAUGUUGGGACCCUGCUCCGCCAGGACACCCUGAACACCAUGCUGACCCCAGUCUUACGAUGCCAUAGUGGCUACUUCGCAAACUCCACCGGUACACCAUGGGAGAUCAAUGAGCAGUUUGGCUAUGAUGUGGUGAGGAAGGACGGUGACCUGGAUGGUUAUGCGGCCACCCUCUCCCUAGUACCAAGGCUAAAGUUAGGACUGGUAGUCCUGAUGGCUGGGGUUCGGCCUGCAGACCAGGACAUUGUGAGCCAGGCCUACAGCUAUCUCAUCCCUGUGGUGGUGAAUGCUUUCAGAGACACUCAACAAAUGCUCAAACCACCACCUGACCCAGCUCCUUAUAUUGGUUUUUUUACUUUUAGGAACAUGACUUUCUAUGAAAUCAAAGUGGAUUCAGAUGGAGUGAUAGUGAUGCAGCAGUUUGGACCACAGGUUGACACAACUGUGCCGUCCAAGUACCGAACUAUUCGCUUGGAUUACCUGCACGACAGGGUGUUCAGGGUAGUGUUUGAGAGCCCAUACCCUUGCAAACUAAAGUUUAACAGUGCCUCAGUGUCCCUUGAGGCACAGGACAGGCAGAUCUUUAACUUUUAUGUAUUCAACAAAAAAGGUGUGUCACCAGGAUUCGAUUCCCCAGGCCUCAACACUUACAAAGUGACAAGGAUAGCUGGCAGACCAUACUUAACUUUAUGAUCUAAUCCAGUUAAACAAGUUACUGUCAUUGUUAGUGGGGUGCUGUU